AUGGAAAGUCUGCUAGCUAAAGUUAACGAGCUACAAAAACUAGUCAAUCUCUCCCAUGUUAAAGUUGAUAUUUCACUCCCUCAAAUUGUAGUCGUUGGUGCUCAAUCUGCGGGGAAAUCAAGCGUGCUAGAAAGUAUUGUUGGAAAAGAUUUUCUUCCCCGAGGCCAAGGAAUAGUGACAAGAAUGCCUCUAAUCAUCCAAUGCCAUAAUGAUGAAGAAGAAUUUGCAAUAUUCCAGCAUCUCCCAAGUGUUAUAUUUAAAGACUUUGCCAAGGUUAGAGACGAAAUUAUUGCUGAAACAAACAAAAAAGCAGGGAGCAGAAAAGCGAUUGUUGACCAGCCAAUUCUUCUUGAGAUUUAUUCACCACUGGUUGUAAAUAUAACUUUGGUUGAUUUGCCUGGGCUAACGAAAAAUCCUGUUGGAGACCAGCCACGAAAUAUAUCAGUUUUAAUCGAAGAAAUGGUUUUAGAUUAUAUUAAAAAGGAAAAUGCCAUUAUUUUAGCUAUUUCUCCUGGAAAUAAUGAUAUAGCAAAUUCCGAUGCGUUAAAAAUUGCAAGAGACGUCGAUCCAAGAGGAGAAAGAACUUUAGGUGUGCUUACAAAGCUAGAUAUUAUGGAUAAAGGAACAAGUGCAAUAAAUGUCUUGCUUGGUGAAGAGUAUCCAUUAGCUCAUGGGUAUGUUGGUGUUGUUUGUAGAUCUCAAGCUGAUAUUACCAAUAAUGUCUCAAUUUUAGAUCAUUUGGAUAAAGAGGCUGAAUUCUUCAGGACCCAUCCUGACUAUAAGCUAAUUCAAGAUCAAGCAGGGAUUCCUUAUUUAACUCAAAGACUUCAAGAAAUAUUAUUUGAAAAACUCAAACGUGCACUUCCUAGCAUAAAGGAGGGAAUCGAUUUCCAACUUGAACAUAGAAGUAAUGAGCUCGAAAAUUACGGAGAUCCUAUCGGUGAAAAUAAGGCUUUGCAGCAAAAUAUAAUUAUAAAAAUAGCUAGCGAUUAUUGUAGAUUUUUAGAGGAAACUAUAGAAGGAAGAACUGACAAAGACGAGACAGGUACGCAAAUCAGGAAAAUUUUAUUUUCAUUUUUUGAAGAUAAACUAAAACAAAUUAAUCCAAUGGAAGAAAUUACAGAUAAUGAAAUAUUGGAGCAAAUAAGCAGCACAAAUGGAAUUCAUGGAACUUUGCUGAUCCCAGAACAAACAUUCAGAGUAUUUUCGAGAAAAGCAAUAGAAAGCAUUAGAGCACCUUCUUUUCAAAUUCUUCAUUUAGUAAAAGAUUCACUUUUAGCUUUGACUCAGAAAAUUUCAAGUCCUUAUUUUAGUAGGUUUAAAAAUCUGCAUCUUUUAAUAAGCGAAAUUACAGAGAAAAUUAUUGAAGAUAAAUAUGAGAGUACUUAUGAUAUGAUAAAAAGGAUAUUUGAUAUGGAAAACAAUUAUAUAAAUAUUCAUCAUCCUGAUUUCAUUGGGGGACGUAUUGCUAUUGAAAAAACAAAAAAGUUUGAUGAAGCUAAUGGAAAUCAGCUAAAAAUGCAAGUACCAGUCCAAGGCGACAGUUUAUUUGGCACUACUCAAAAUAAUGGAAACCUAUCUAAACAAUCGCCAUUUACCAGCCUUUCUAGCAAUCAGCAAGCACCUGCCCAAAAUAGUCUUUUCCCAAGCAGCCAGCAAACUUUGGGUUUUGGCCAAAACCCAACAAAUAAAACAAAUAGUAUUUUCCCUAGUAGCCAGCAAACUUCGGGUGUUGGCCAAAGCCCAACAAAUAAAACAAUAACAUUAAAUCAGAGUGAUUUAAAAAAUAUAGAGCUUGUGAGAAUCCUUGUAAAGUCAUAUUUUGGAAUCGUUAGAAAAAACAUUGGAGACUAUGUUCCAAAGGCAAUUUUAAGCUUUCUGAUUCAUGAUGUGCAGGAGUCGCUCAAGGAUUCAUUGGUUGCUCAAUUACUUGGUGAAAAAUUCAAUGAAAAAAUUUUGGAUGAGGGAAAAAUCAUUCCAAAGAAAAGAGAAGACUGCAAAGAAGCGAUUGCAUUGUUAAGAGGUGCCAAAAAUAUUCUUACUCCCCCCCCCCCCUCCGUGAGCGAACAAAAAAAUUUUGUUCGCUCACGGAGGGGGGUUAAAUUUUUUUUUUUAAAAAAAAAUUUAUAUAUAAAUUUUAUAAAAAAUAUUUUUUUCGAAAUUUAAAAAAAUCCUAAUUUGCAAAAAUUGGGAAGCAAAUAUUAAUUUAAUUUGCAAAAUUUAUGUUUUAAAACGCAAUUUGUUUAAAAUUAAACAGAAUUAGCUCUAGAUUUCAUUAUACUAAUUAUCACUUAUAUAUCAAAAUUUUUUUCCAUUAAAAUUUUUUUCUAUUAAAAAAAUUUUUGUUCACUCACGGAGGGUGGGUUUUUGGUCAAAAAAUGGCGAUUUUUCUAAUGGUUUUUGUUCGCUCACGGAGGGGGGGGGGGGAGUUAGGAAUUGGAAUAUUUCUAGUAACUAA